UUAUUCCAGAUGACGGAGGUGUUGGUCGAGUUAUGGCCGCUGCUCUUUAUAAUUACAAUAGAUCAUCAAUAUUAAAUAAUACGCAUCAUUUGUUGCUCACAAUGCUGAGUAAGGCACAAUGGUCUCAGAACGUUAUUGUGUGUGAUGGGUGAGGAAACUCAAAUAGCUUAAUCAUAAAGUUUAGCUAUGAACUUUCGAGAAGGAAUUUUCACUGUGUUUUACUUAUUAGGUAUUAUAUCAUUGUCAAUCGUUAUCGGGGAUCAUGAUAUUUCUAAAAGGGAGACACAUUCGCAAAAUACCACUCUAUACGACUCCAUUUAUGGUUACAACGAAUAUAAAAGAUUGUACCCAACGAAAGCACCAACAUUAUGCUAUGAUAGCAUUGGUAUCAACGUAAAUGGGUCAGUAUUCAAUAACUUUACGUGUCCACUUCCUGACCAGGACAGAGGAUUGAUCGUCUGCUGUAACAACACAUGCUGUAGACCAAAGAUUGUCAAGAAAAAUAAGAGCAGUGACAGCACCGUUACGGUGGCGGUGGUUGUCAUUGCGGUGUGCGCUGUGGUGAUUUCUCUCUGUGCGGUUCUCUACUACUGCUACCUCCAGAGGAGGCCAGGGAUACGAAACGGAAAACUGGUCUGGAUCAAACGGAAAAAGAAAAAGGUAGUGAAUGAGGAGGGAGGAGCGUCCUCAGAAACUGGAAAUGCUGAUGACGAGGUGGAGGAAGUGCUUGCCGUGGUGUGUUCUACAGACAAAAAUGGCCACGUGAUGCACCAUUCCCAUGAUACACCACAUGACACGACAAAUGAAGAGAAGAAGGUUUUUCUACUCCCCGAGGAACUAGUGGAAAAGAUAGAAAUGGACAUACAUGAGGGAUCCUGUCCCAGAAGUCGCAGGGGAAGCCAUAGCUGGUUAUCUUGAGAACGAGGCUACAGGGAAACAGGAUUGUGAUAGGAAAAUUGUUGAUUGGGAUCAAAAAUGCAGAAAGACAGCUAGAAUACAUGUAUGAAGCAUUUUCUUUCCUGUGACCUUGCACACUACAAUUAAACUAGUACAAUGGUCAUUUUGAAUUUCUUGCAGCAGAGAAGGAAAAAUGGACUUUUUUUCAACUAAAAACUGAGUAACAGAAUUGACAUUUCUAUUACUUGUAAAUGCAUGCCGAUUAUUUUUCAGAGAUACGAGGACUGUUCAAUAAAUGAUAUCCUCGGUGCUCGGAAAGAGGCAAAAGACGCUUUUCAAUGAUUUAGUCUAAAUGAUUUAAUCUAAUAUUCUCUUACAAUUAAAACAGAUGUCCAUAAUUUUUUUUAUCCAAUUUCUGAUUGUUUUUAGAACUCAUUUUUGGUUUGACCCUUAGUAUACUGGAAAAUGACAGAUCUUAUGAUUUCCUGGACUCGUUUCUUCCUUCUGAAAGGCGUUUGGAAAAUGAAACAUGUCAAAAGGCGAAAGAUCUGGCGAAUAUUGUUAAUGUGAAAAAAAAUUAACUUUCUGUUUAUCCCAAAAACUCCUUUACUCUUCAGGGCGUGGGGGUUUGGUCGCUGUCAUGAAGAAAUUUAAUGUAGUGGAUUCCUGAUUCUGGUUCCUUCCUCUCAUUAACCUUUCUAUUUUUUUUGCAAAAACUUUGCUUUCUAGACUCUUCCAGAAAUUAAACUGCCUCCCCGAAUACGAAUUGGAACUACAAGACCACUAUUAUUUAAGAAAAUUGCAUAUAAAUCUGUCUUUGUGCUUUUGCAAUUCUUUGCUCCUCUCAGACCUUUGCUGUUUUUGUCAAGUAUACCUUAUAGUAAACGUUGUUUCGAGGGUUUUAAGCAAUUGAUUCAAGUUUCAUUAUCUGUUUGAAUUUCAAACAGACGUGGAUAACUACAAUUACUGAUAUUUUAAAAUAAUUGUUUAGAUAUUCUUAUACGCUGUCGUUUUCACUUAUUUUUCAAAACAUAGGGUUACCUUUGAGUACUAAGCUUUUUUACUAUCAAACGUUUAUUUAAAACAGUGUGACAUACUCCCGAAAUGAAGUCUAUCAAAUUUGCUAUGUGUUUUAAAGUCAAUCAUACUUCAUUAGUGGUUAUUUGUUGAAAUUCAAACAGAACAUUAUUGAUAUAAUUUUUGUUGGCAAGGACGGUACCCAUAUUUGAUGCCCAUUAUAUAAUUUUUUAUCAUUGAAAUCCACCUGCUCAUUUGUCUAUAAAACAGACAGUGGUUGCCGUAAAUUUUACAUAUUUCAGUGAAUAUUUCUUUGAGAUUCUUAACGAGUUUUACAAUAGCUCAAUGAAGCGUUUAAUUUCACGCUAGUUAACUGAUUCUUUACCAUUCAUUUUUAAUGCAGUGUCUCGAAUAGCCCUUGUUUUCCAGCUUCUCACAAUGAAACUAUGUGAUGAAAAGUGGUCAUAUAAAUUGCUAUUAAUUCAUUAAAGAUUCAAUAAUGCGAAAAAGUCCAGCUUAAGGUCAUAUGAUAUCUGUAUUGUAUGUCGUACAGUUCAGGACAUUAUUUAUUGAACAGCCCUCGUAUGUACAAAUUAACCAAAUGUUCAACUUACGUUACUCUUUACAUCAUUCUUACUAAGAUUGAGCUACACUGUAUUCUGAUGAGUUAACCCUAAUCUGUCUGUUGUCCGUAAACAAAACACGUUGAAUAUUAUAUAGCUUUCAUUUUUCUCUAGAGUUAGCAAGCUAAGUUAAAAUGAAAUCAUGAGAUUAGACAUCUCUUUCUGAGAGAAUUUGCUUGAAUAGAUGAUUUUUAUAAGGGAUUUUUUAUUUGGAGAAGAUGGCCUGAAUGGCUGAGAUGAAUUUUUAUUGGAAUCGAGUGGUAGGAUUUUGGAGAAAAAAUUCUUUAAAAGAUUUAAUACCCGGUAUAAGAUACCCUUUUCUCCAAAACGGCAAAAGGCUCUGUUAAUUAAAUUUAUCGUACAAGUUUUACUAUAUAUAUAUACACAGGAGAAUCAGUUUGUUCAAAUUGCAAUUCUUUGAGCAAAAUGACAGCAUUAGGGGUUCAAGGGGAUAUAUAUGUAAAUUAUUUAAAAUAUAUAAUUAUGUAAAUUUCCACAAAAAUUUAGAAAGUAGCAAAUAAACUGAGUACUAAUGAAACCAGAUAAUAAGUAACUGUUGUAAAUUGUUAAUAUGCAAUCAAUGUCUUUAUACAACGAAAACGCAUUUUGAAAGAAGGGGGUGGAGUAUCUUCGGGUGUUUAGAACAGUAUUGAUGUAUUUACGUACCUUAUGUUAUAUUUGUGAUAUUUCUUUUAUAUUUGCAGCAAGUUGACAAUGAAAAUAUGGUACCAUAUCAAUUCUUUGCAAAAUGUUUCUUCAAUCUUGAGCGUCAUGUAAACUUAAGCAAUAUUUGGAUAUCAUUUACAAUAAAUUUUCUAAAUAUC